AAUCUAGCCAACAUUCAGACAAAAAUCCAUAGUCAGGUGACGAAUUCUUGUGACAGUUCUCAGUUUCUGCGAUUUUCGCAAAUUUUCAUUAAAAAAAUACAAAAACAUGGCCCUCCAAGCUGCUGUAAAAGGAAAACUCAUCAGCGUAAUCGGCGAUGAAGACACCUGUGUCGGUUUCCUCUUGGGAGGAAUCGGCGAAAUAAAUAAAAACAGACAUCCCAACUUUAUGGUUGUAGAUAAAAAUACACCAGUAAGCGAAGUUGAGGAGUGUUUCAAGAGGUUUGUGAAGCGUGAUGACAUUGACAUCAUCCUGAUCAACCAGAAUGUAGCUGAGUUGAUCCGUCACGUGAUUGAUUCACACACAUCACCAGUGCCUGCAGUCCUGGAGAUCCCAUCCAAAGACCACCCCUAUGACGCCAGCAAGGACUCCAUUCUGCGCCGUGCUAAGGGCAUGUUCAACCCAGAUGACUUGUCAAUGUUUGGUGCUGAUAACUAUGCAACUUAAUUUUAGUUCAAAUUCUUUUUGUUCUUGACAAUAUAGUGUAAAUAUAUUUUUUAAUAAAUAAAACAAAAAUAUUAUUAUAUCUUUA